AUGGACCCAAAAUCGUUCCCCGAAGUAAGAUCGUUCUCAUCUUCUUCGAAGAUGAAGUCCGGUGCAUCCCAGCAUGCUGAACCAUCUGGCUCCUCUGGUCAUCCGAACUUCGCCUCUGAAAUGCCCUUCCGGGAAUGUACUUCCGCAAAGCCACUUGGCCCGCGUCUUGCCAAGGACUUGCGCGAGCACAAAUCUAACGUGCACGAGGAUGCUUCGGGAAAGAAGGCCGAGGAAGCCAACACCUGGAAGAGACGUAUGCGCAUUGACCCUGACACUGGCAAUAGGCAAGUCAAGGGAACGGGCUCUAUUAGCGAGAACUCUCCGAUCCGCCGAAACGAGUCCCCUAAGAGAUGGCCCCCAACCUGGACCGAGAAAGAGAAAGCAAAUGCCGAACUCCUGGAACGGGAAGCGGUCGAAGUAGCUGUUUACGAGCCCGAAAGAAUCGACCAAGACAAGACUAUCCAGCACCAAGACUACACUGAAGUGCACUGGGAUGGUUGUAAGAACAUCGACAUUCCCUGGCAUCAAUUCAAAAUCUUGCCCUCCAGUUCGAAACCUGACCCCGUCAAAAUCCAACGUCGUGUUGGAUACUGCACUGCCGGCAAAGAGAUCGAGUUGAUGAUGAAUGCAUACCCAAUCCUUUCGUUCCCGACCAAGGCUGUCUAUCAAUACGAGAUCAACGUUCUGCAGUCCAACCAGAAUCCCAACAAUCCCAAUGAGAAACCGGCCCAAACUGAGACCGAUCGACGAAUCCUGAGGAAGUGUUGGAACAGCGAGACACGCAAGGCUCAUAUUCCUGAUGGCAUCUGGGAUGGUGGCAGGAUUUGCUGGUCCUUAAAGGGUUUCAAGAGUUGGCUCGAGACGGUUCAAUUCAAGGGUGACUUGACUCGCGAGCUUCAGACUCAAAAGAAAGUUGAGCCCGGCCACUUUCCUACUUUCAAAAUGUCUGUCAGGCAAAAACGCAAGCUUAACCUUGGCGUAAUCAGCGCUUGGCUUCAGGGAAACCAUGAACUUGACGAAUACGUGAUUGAAGCCUUGCGUUUUCUUGACCAUUUGCUUCGUGAAUGGCCGACUAGGGAGUUUGCGGCGAUUAAACGAGCUUUCUUCUUUGACAAUCUCGGUGACAGGCACGCGUUGAAGCAGGACUUUUAUCAACAACUCCAGAACAUGGGCGCUUCGGUGUACCGUGGCAUUUACCAAGCAAUCCGUCCGACUCCGAACGGCCUUAUCCUGAAUGUUGAUGUUGCCCACUGCGUGUUCUAUUCCCGUAUCACCCUAAUGGGAUAUCUGAUGAAUGCUGCAGGCUGCACGGAUUUCAAUACACUCAUCAGGAAGCUAUUGCCCUCAAAAGACCUCCAUGGGAAGUUAAUCCAGUCGAAAAUGAUCGUGCCCCUGAGCAAGAAGAUUUUUGGCCUUCGAGUGGCGCCAAACUACGACGGCUGCCCUGUUCACCUAAAGAGCUUCCUGGUAAAAGGCCUGAUCAAUGAAAGCCCAAGGACAUUUGUUACCGGUUUUGUGGACAAAGCAACCGGAAAAACGACAACCAUGAGCAUUGAGAAGUACUUCAAGCAACGGUACAAUGUUCGUGUCACGCACCCGACCAUGCUCUUGGUCGAGAUGCAAAAGGACAAAGUCUAUUACCCAGCCGAGUUCUUGGUCAUCAAGGGCCUUCAGAGAUAUCGCCCAAAGCUCAACGAUGCCCAAGCCGCACAGAUGAUCCAGUGGUGUGCAACUAGACCCCAAAAGCGGUUGGCGGAUUCUCGCCAGUCCAAGGAGUUGUUGGACCACAAGAAUGACCCGAUCUUGCAGCAAUACGGCAUGGUUAUCAGUGAGCAAAUGAUCAAGACGAAGGCCCGCCUUCUCCCAUGCCCUGAGCUUCAAUUUGGCGGUAACCGAAAGCACAACCCUUUGCACACUGGAACCUGGGACCUGCGCGGAAAGAAAUUCUUUAAGAGCAACGAAAAUUCACUGGAGCGAUGGGGUGUUGGUUUCUUCGAGUCGCAGCGAGGUGGAAUCGGCUAUGAUCAGGUCCUCAUGUUUACUGAACAGUUCCAGAAGAUCUACCGCCAGAUGGGAGGCGAUAUCACAAACCGCCCCGUCGUGGUGCCACUGAAGGAAGACGUGGGUCCUGGUGUCCGCAAGGUGUAUGAGGCGGUAGUCUCGCGUUACCCAGGCGAGCCACAGCUUCUGCUUCUGAUUGUUGGGGACAAGGAUUCUUUCGUGUAUCUUCGCAUCAAGAAGUCCUGUGACUGUCGGUAUGGAGUCCCCUCGCAGGUGCUCCAGUCUAAGCACUGCAUUGCCAACAAGCCCCAGUACGCUGCGAACGUUCUGAUGAAGGUCAAUGCUAAGCUAGGUGGUAUCACGGCACGAGCUAUUCCUAAAACCAAAGGUUCUACUAUGCGACCCGGCUCCAUGAUCAUCGGCGCGGAUGUCACCCAUCCUAUGAUGGGCGUGUGGACUCCAUCUCUGGCAGCAUUUUCGGUUUCUUCUAACUCCACUGGUACCCGCUACAUGGGUGGCUGUGAAUGCAAUGGUGACCGCAUUGAGAUUAUUCGCGAAAGGGUUGUCCAGCAAAUCCUGCGCCCUCUGGUCUCCGAGUGGAAAGCGACCAUUGGCAACGGCAAGGCCCCGGACUAUGUCUACUACUUCCGUGAUGGCGUGUCUGCAUCCGAAUACCGCAAGGUUCUGCGUGAGGAAAUCCCUUCUAUCCGCUUUGCGAUUGCACAUGCGUGCGGCCAGAGCAUUUGGGCAGGCAAGCUGUGCGUUGUUGUCGCCAACAAACGCCACCAUAUUCGUGGUUUCCCCGAUCCAAGUAGCCGUAUAACCUCGGACCCUAACGGUGGCUGUCUCCCCGGUACUAUGAUCGAUCGCGACGUGACCAGUCCCAAUGAGUGGGACUUCUUGUUGUACACCCACAUUGCUCUCCAGGGAACCGCUCGCCCAGUCUAUUACCAUGUCCUUCUGAAUGAGAUCGAGAACCUCGGACCAAAUGAUCUGGCUUGCAUGAUCAAUGACCACUGCCACCAGUACAUUCGCUCUACCACAUCCGUGUCUGUUCAUCCUGCCAUCUACUAUGCACACUUGAUCUCCGUUCGUGCUCGCCACCACGAGGAUGUCCCGAUCACCUCUGGCCCUCAAAGCGGCGUGGAGGUCAAGAUGUUAAACCCGAAGCCUCCCGGUCCCCGCGCAAAGAAGCUGCUUCCAAUUGAGGGCACUUCUAACAGACUGGCUCUUGGCAUGUGGUACAUUUAA